AUGAACUCUCGCCCGCACAAGCAAUCCAUGUCCGAGCUCAAGCUCCGCCGCCUCACCGAGCACAACCAGCGCCUCAGGGAGGACCUCGCCCGUCCACGGAUAAGGGUCAGCGAGGCCAGUGCCAGCCUCAUCCGUUACUGCAAAACGACAAAAGACCCGCUCGUGCCGUCAGUAUGGGGACCCGUACCACGCGCCGACGACCCGUACCAGUCCCAAGGCGGCGCAGGCAAGGGCUGCUGCACCAUCCAAUGA